GACCUGUUAUGCAAAAUCGUUUACAAUAUUCCGGAUAUUACGGUUGUAGCUGGUGUUAUAGUAAGGGAACACAUUGCAACGGUGCAGUGCAUUAUUUAUUAACUGAAAAAGAUCCACCAUUGCGAAGUCACGAAGAAUACAUAAAAGAAGCUUCGAAAGCUGAUAAAAUAAAUAAACAAAGACCUUAUUCUCGAAAAAAAGUGACAGUUCUGGGUGUUAAAAGCAAUUCGGCAUUCAUUGAAGAAACACCGUUAUUUGAUAUUAUUUUCGGCUUUCCCGUAGAAAAACAACAUGGAGUUGAUCUGGGGGUAACGAAACAAUACCUAAUUGAGAAGAUUACUGACACACGAAACAAAAAUUACAGUUUAAAACCAAAUGACCGUAAAAAAAUUGAUGAACGGUUAUCUCGUAUCACACCUUCUCAUGAUAUUCCACGCUUGCCAUUGCCACUGAGUCAACUCGCAGACUGGAAGUCGAGUCAAUGGGCUGCAUGGUCAUUAUAUUAUUGCAUUCCAUGUUUAGACGGAAUACUCAAAGCUGAACAUUUUAAAUCAUUAGCACUGUUUGUCGAAAGCGUUUGGACUUUAUCAAAGACUAAAAUAAGUAAGCUCGAUUUAGAGAUAGCUGAAUACAAUUUGUUAAAAUUUGUUGGUCAAUGGCAAAUAUUAUAUGGUGAAUCAUCAAUGACUUUCAAUGUGCAUUCUUUGCUUCAUUACACUGAUUCCGUAAGAAAAACAGGGCCACUAUGGGCAACCUCAUCGUAUCCAUUUGAAGAUGGAAUCGGUCAAUGUAAAAAACUCGUAAAUGGACCACGAGGUAUAUCUCAUCAAAUUGCAAAAAAAAUGUUGAAAAAUCUAACAUUGCGUUUUCUUAUUCCAAAUAAUACAGAAUCAAAAGAAUGCCAAGAGUAUUGUGAAAGUUUAUUCAAACCUAAAAGCACAGCUAACCAUAGAAAAAUCUCUGAUGACUUAGUGCUGCUUGGCGUAGGUAAAAAAAAUGCAACAGUAGAAAAUGAAAUAAAUAAAUUCUUCAAAAGCUCAGGAGUUACAGUCGAGGUUUACGAGAGGUGUAUUUAUCAAAAUUCCGUGCUUCACGCACAUACUUAUCGAAGAGCAGAAAGAAGAAAUGAUUCUGUUGUUCUGUUUGACACGGGGGUUGUUGUCAAAAUCAAUUGCUUUGUUUUGGUUGGUUGUGAUUGCUACAUUUACGGUCAACAACUGAUGCACGGACCUGCAAAUUUCGAUCAUGGUGUUCGAGUAAAUCAUAUACAUGAAGUUUAUAGUCAUGUUAAUACGAAAAUAGUUGUUGAAAAAAUAACUUCAAUAAAAGAAAAACUUAUGAACUAUUCUGUUAAUGGAAAGAAUUUAAUUACUUUUUUGUCAAAUAAUUUAGAAAAGCAAUAAACACAUGAUAGAUUGAAUUGAAUUUUUUUUUUAUUCUGGUUUAAAAAUCUUUGAACAUCUAUUAAUUCAUAAUUUUUCUGUAUUUAUUUUUAAUUAUAGAAUUUUAUAUACGAAAUCGUUUUCAAGUAAAUUUAUUUAUAUUUUGUUACACGGAUAUUUGUAAGUAUUUAUUUAUUUUAUGUAUGCAGAAUCUUUAUAAAAAGGAUAUGGAUCCACCAUCAGGAGACGACAUGGACAAUAUACUUCAGAUAUCAGCUGACGAAAAAAUAGAAAGCGAUCCUGAAAUACUAGCUGAUAAUGAUGAGGCGCUGGUGUCAAGAAAAGAUAAACAAUAUGAUAACAAUGUUCCUAUGCUCGAAUUCUCUGAGUGUUCAAAGCCUGGAGACCCACUCAAAGAAAAAUCCAAAGCCGAAAAUAAUAAACAUAAUUCGAGAAAAAGAGGAUCUUCUAAGCACAGUGACGAUGAAUACAUCAGUCAUAAACGUAGAAACGUUACAGUCCGAGAUUCAUCUUACUUCAAUUCAUCACCACCAGGCACUAAGGCAACAGAAUCAGAAGAAUGUUCUGAUAGAUCACCGGUUCAUGAAAAGUCGGAUUCUAUACCUCGAAAUGUACAUAGAAGAAAUUUCUAUGCUGAUUACAACAAAAGUAGUGAAAGGAUAAAAUCUCAUAGAUCGAGUGAUCGUAAUAAAUCAGAAUCACGAAAUAAGGAUCGUAGUUCAAUGCACGUUCCAGCAAACACGAACUCCGAUCGAAGAAAAAAAAAUGAGAAUAAAAGCAGUCGAUCAAGAGAAGAGGAUAAAGAGGUUCAAGCUCAAUUUCAAAAGAAAUUGGAAAAACUUGAAAAUACUGUCAAAGCAAUCGAAAAAGAGGUUAUAAAGAUGAAAGAAAUUAUUGAGAAGAAUUUAAAUGCUGAAUCGCUGAAGAUACUGGAAAUUCUAUUGAAAUUUGAGAAUAUAGCCGAAGAAAACAAAACAAAGCCACAACCAUUCUUUGACGGAUCCGGCUUACCAUCGGUUAGUUUUGUAAGACGAAUUCCAGACUCCAACAAUAAAGAGAUACAUAUUGGGCAAGAUAUAUGGAUAGACAAUGGCAGCUGGUGCAAUGUCAGAAAUCGUGCAGGAACUUCAGAAAGUAAAUUCAUAAAAGGUUUGAUGUCCGCAAUUUUCACUCCGGACGAAAUCAUAAACUCCAGUGCUUUAGGUCUAACCUCAAAUCGCGAAAAAGUUCCGGAAAAACGACCUGCAUUGAAUCCUGUAAAAAUAUAGCCUUACUUGGUUUAAACAAAUGCAUAAUGAUGAGAUGACUCUGGCUCAAUGCAGAAUAGAAGCCGAAGAAGUCCUAAAAGAAUAUGUGGGCAGCAAAAUAACAGACUCAAGAAAGCCUUUAAGACCAAAGAAGCUUGCUAAUGGACGAAAGAAAAGAAACGACAUGACGAAGAAAAGAAAAAACAACUGUCUAAAGAAGAAAACAACGUUGGCUACAAAAAACGACGUUUGUCACAGUGAUAGGCGCAGUUACAGCCGCAGUCACAGCCGCAGUCACAGCCGCAGUCACAGCCGCAGUCACAGCCUCAGCCGCAGUCGUAGUCGUAGUCAUAGUCGUAAUCGCAGUCACGGCCGCAAUCACCGUUUCAGCUUCAGUCGUAGUCAUAGUCGUACCCAUAGUCGUAGUCAUAGUCGUGGUCGUGAUCUUAGUCGUAGUGAAAGUCGCAGUCGUAAUGAUAGUCGUAGCCCUGGUCGUUGUCACAGUCAAAAAUGAUUGACUGCUCUAAUUGUGCCCAAGUCGUAAAAAAUAAAAUAAUCUGUCAAUUAAUGAAUUAUACUAGUUUUCGUAUCAUACAGGUCUUUAUUUCAAUAAGCAAGUAAAUGAAACAAAUUUAUUUUGUCAACUGGUAUUUACUUAAUUAAUAAUU